AUGACAGACUACACUUACGAGAUCGCAUGGUGGCCCGCAACCGAUGCGCUGAAGAAGGACGUUAACGCGUAUAAGCCUGCCGCGGACAUAGUGGCGAAGCACACGCAUCUUCCAAUCUUUGCGGGCCUCAGCGUCGAGAAGGGCGAUUUCUUCCUUCUCGUUACCUGGGAGAACGCCGCAGCGCACAGCGCGUUCCUCGCGCACCCCGACGCCGCGGCGCUCGCCAAGGACCACCCUGAGCUCUUCCCGCCAGAGGGAGCCGCAGGCGUACUCGGCGUAUGCCACGCCCAUCUUAACGCGGAUCCGCUGUCGGUACUCAGCGCGCCAGUCGUCGAGAACGCGUUCUUGACGCCAAAGGAGAACGAGUCAUUCGAUGAGCUGACGAAGACACUUGUUGGCGUAGAAGCCAAGAGGGCGGAAGGCGGCGGCGGAAAGUACGGGUCUGGGACGAUCGUGGGCACGAUUGAGGAGCGGCCAGAUCAACUCGUUGUGCUUGUUGGGUGGAACAGUGUCGAGGCUCACACGGCAUACAUUGCUCCGGAUGGCCCGGCUGCAGACUUCGUUCCUAAGCUUCGGGAGAAGAUUAAGGGCGUCGAGGUCCACCAUGUAACAUACACCCGCCUAGCGUAG